GUUUGCUGCUGCGAUUGCCUGAGGACCUCAGACUCCAGCUCCUUCGCUCUUCCAAAGAAGACACUGCCAGUGAUUUUCCAGGGAGUUUCCAGAAGUCUUUGGUCCUGGGCUGGGGUAGCAUCACUGACCCCUCUUGUUCUGUGGCUUCCGCCUCUUGGACUGUGCAGCUGCUGGUUCCUCCAGCUCUCCAGCCGCAACAGCCAUCGUGGACUAUCCAGCUUCUGGUCGUGGACACGCAGAAUGGCUACCUCCUUCACGGAGACUGAUCUUGCCAUUGAGGCCAUUGGAACCACACCCUACGACUAUGAGGGAGCACUGCCCUGUGAAAAAGUCAAUGUCAAGGAGCUGGGGGCGCGGUUUCUGCCCCCGCUGUACUCCCUGGUACUCACGGUGGGGCUCCUGGGCAACGUGGUGGUGGUGCUGAUCCUCACCAAGUACAGGAGGCUCAGGAUCAUGACCAACAUCUAUCUGCUCAACUUGGCCAUUUCCGACUUGCUCUUUCUCUUCACUCUUCCCUUCUGGAUCCACUACGUGGGGCGGAAUGAGUGGGUGUUUGGUCAUUUCAUGUGCAAGCUCCUCUCUGGGUUUUAUUACCUGGGCUUAUACAGCGAGAUCUUUUUCAUCAUCCUGCUGACCAUCGACAGGUACCUGGCCAUCGUCCACGCCGUCUUUGCCCUUCGAACCCGGACGGUGACUUUUGGUGUCAUCACCAGCAUCAUCACCUGGGGCCUGGCGGGGCUGGCAGCUCUCCCUGAGUUUAUCUUCCAUGAGUCCCAGCAGAGCUUGGAAGAGUCUGUGUGCAGUCCUCUCUACCCAGAGGCCGAGGAGGACGGCUGGAAGCGUUUCCAUGCGCUGCGGAUGAACGUCUUGGGUCUCGCUCUCCCUCUGCUCAUCAUGGCCAUCUGCUACUCUGGGAUCAUCAAAACACUGCUGAGAUGCCCCAACAGAAAAAAGUACAAGGCCAUCCGGCUCAUUUUUGUCAUCAUGGUGGUUUUUUUCAUUUUCUGGACCCCCUACAACCUGGUCCUUCUUCUCUCUGCGUUUCAAAUGAACUUACUGGAGAACAGCUGUGAGCACAACCGACACCUGGACCUGGCCAUGCAGGUGACGGAGGUGAUCGCCUAUACCCACUGCUGCGUCAACCCGGUCAUCUACGCCUUCGUGGGCGAGAGGUUCCGGAAAUACCUGCGCCACUUUUUCCACAGGCACGUGACCCUCUACCUGGGCAAAUACAUCUCAUUCCUUCCUAGUGAGAAGCCAGAAAGAACCAGUUCUGUCUCCCCAUCUACUGGGGACCAGGAACUCUCUGCCGUGUUUUAGAUCAGAUGCAGAAAAUUGCCCGUCGAAGCCAGACUAGGCGAUGAAACCGACACAUUGGGCCAACAACUUUAAAUUCUGGGACAGUUCUUUGAACUUUCAGCACAACACCAAAGCUCUUAAAGGUCUUAAAACAUACACAAUGGGGAACAGUGUGUGCUUGUACCCAAGGUACCAGAGGCCCAGGACUGAGAGUUUACCCACUGAAAAACCAUAAAAAAUUCUCUGAAGACUUCCGUAAUUUUAAUGCACCUAGAUAUUACAUGGAUAACAUACACAGCCACAAACAGGUAAAACUCUUUUAUAUUUUGAAACAAAACUUUAGCCAGUUGUUGACAGAAAUGAAAUCUUUCACAAAGUGCAUUCAGUCAAUUACUUUAUUUUCUAAUAUGCCUAAACCAAUUCUUUCUUUGCUUGGUAAAAGGUUUUUGCCUUUCCUUUUUCUUUUUUGCUAUAUGGAUACAUACUCUCUAGCAGCAUGAUGGCAUGAUGACAUGGCCGUUCUAAAUAGUCUUAAUAGUCCGUCCAUUUCCUGUUCACACCAAAUGAUCCAAUGUCCCCACCAGUGACUCAGAGUGUGCCCUGGAAGGUGCAUCUACAUCGAGAAUGUCAAGCUCACAUUAUGGAGUAGGCCAGGGGUUUUCUGUGUGUGAGAAGAAGCUCAGGUGUGGAGGGGGAGGAGUGUGGGCUCAAAGGGACUCUCUGCAGUCACUGGUUUUCAAAUGUGUCAACAGAAGCAUCUGGAGGAGAGAUUAAAACAGAGCUGGUCUAGUCCCACCCCAGAGUUUCAGAUGUGGUAGGUCUGGGGUGAGACCAGAGAAUUGACCUCAAGUGCAAGUUCCCCUGUGUGGCCAACACUGCUUGCCCUGCGACCAGACUUGCAGAACAACUGCACUAACUAAAGUGCUUGUAGGUACACUUCUGCCGUCUCCUGGAAACUCAAGAUUUCACAGUUGUCAGAGGAAGACAGAAAAGGCCCUUUGGAUCCAUCUCUGCUAAAGGUAGUUGCCCUCCUGCGCAGCCUGUGAAUGAAGUCAGUCCAUCGAAACCAAUGGACUCGGUGGGAGUAUCUAGACCACUGGUUUGGGUAAACUGAACUUGACUUUCUUGUAUUGAACACCCUGCACGAGAAGCUGAGGGAGAUGCAAAGAUGGACGAGGCUUGCGUGAACUGCAUUCUAAAGAGUUUUUUUUUAAAUGCGACUUAUGAUGUAAACAUAUUUCCAAAAAAGUAGAAAUGGCCCAGGUCCUCAUUCCCUUUUCUUCUCUCCCUGUUGAUGGCUUCUUGAGGAGGUGAGUUCUAAGCUUCUGCUUCAUUCGUGCCUCUCAGUAGAGAGGUGUAUGGAAGCGUGGCAGGAGCCCACCAGCUGUUCGUCCGACAGCUGUCUACUAGGGAUCAGGCACAGGAUGCACAAACGCUGCUGUUAAGUGAAGGAUGCAAAACUGUAUACGACAGACACAAUCCCUGCCCCCAGGAAAGCUUUGGUCUAGUAGGAGGUAUAAGAUAGAAGCAGUGUAAAGAGUAGACACUAGGUGCUGUGUCUGGGCCAGGAAGGGAAAAGCCAUUUCCAGCUGGAAGGUGAGGGGAGGCUUCAUGGAGCUUCUGAGCCGGUGUCUGAAGAAUAGGCAGUGUUUGGAAAGGAAAAAGAUUUGGGGACAGGCACUUGAAACCAAGGGCAUGCCCAGUUCACAGGUGAGAGGGGAGGACACAUAUUUAUAGAAAGUAGGGUGGAAUGAGGAGCUUGGGAUGGGCCAUGAAUUUCAGGUAGAGGAUCUUGAGCUUUUUUAGGAAGGCUUGGGGAGUCAUUGAAGGGUUUAAACAGGGGAAUAAAAUAAUUGAUGUCAUUCAUUAGGAAAAUAAAUGUGGUUAGAGAGCAUGGACUCAGGCCCCACAACCACCCAGAGAGUAAAGUUAGGAGGUGAGCAUGAAUGUGGAGAUGAGGAACAUCGGUGGCUGAUGAGAGGUACUAUGAAGCACCCAGAGAGGAAUGUGGCCAAAGGACCGCAUGAAGCAAGAGUCAAAGCACUAGGAGCCAUGUGUGGUUGAUUGUAAAAUUCUAAGGGCAAACCAGAGUGUAUCAAAUGUGUAACAGUCAACUUUGCAUUGCUACAAUGAAACACCUGAGGUAAUUAUCUUAUAAAGAGAAAAGUUUUGUUUUGUUUUGUUUUUUUAAGUUUAUGACUAUGGAGGGUCUAAUCCAAGAUCCAUGGGCCCAUAACUUUGGGCCUCUACUGAGGGCAGCAAAGGGCAACAACAGGAAAUGCAUGUUGGAGCAAACCUUUAUGUUAUAAGCCAGGAAGCUGAGCAGAGAGGAUGGACUGGGCUCCCACAGUCCCCUUAAGGGGCACACCCUGGGUGACUGAAGGACCUCCACUAGGCAUGACCUCCUGGAGGUCACAGCACCCCCAGGGGUGCAAUCCUGGAGACAAAGCUUUUAACACGGGCACUGUUAGGGGACACUACAGGACAAAAGAAACCAGUGCCGGUGCUUGUCUUUAGGAGGGCUGUGCAUGGUUGCAGAGCAGGAAAGGAAGUGUGGCCUCCUGGGGAGGGAGCCGGGACCUCACACCUGCCAGGCAAGCACUCUACCACUGAGCCACACCUCCAACCUACCUUUUGGAUUUUUAACUAUGGAAACACAUUACCUGUUCAGAAGAAUAAUAACAAUAAACAGAAUUUUAUUUUAAAAAUAAAACGCUAAGCUCUUAUUCAGAUGUUCAGAGGUAGGCAUCCAACCCAGCAGCCAAAGGACAUGAGAAACUUCCUGCCACGAAGGAACCCUUUGACAUGGUACAAAUUAUUUAACCUCAUUUGGGUAAGAUUUCCUCAUUUGUAUCAUAAAGGAGUUGGAUUCGAUCAUUUCCGAGAACUCUGCAGCCCAAAGAGACUCUGACCUUCCUAAAAUAUUGGGAGCAGGAGGCUCGAUCUGUAAAAUAGAUUGUAAAACAGAAGGGGGAGGGAGCAGAGGACAGUUCCAAGCACUCCCUCGCAUCCCUGGAAGCUCCGGUUGCUGACCAAGGUGUGCUCAGGAGUCCAUUCAUCUCUUACCGUCCCCUCGUUCUCUCCUUCAUCCAGUAAGCACCUGCUGAGCACGCACCACGUCCCCAGCUAAGUUCCAAGGCAACAAAAUCAAGCACACCAUGGACCCGCCCUCGGGAGCUCACCGUCACGUUGAUCUGGACCCUGUUCUUGCCCUCCAUUGCCAGGGUUCAAAACCAUAUAAAGGAACCAUCACUCCCUCAUUUUAACCGAAAUGGGAGUAACUUUCAUGUUAAGACCAGAAGACAUUUUUCGCUUCCUAACCAAGGACUUGGGGAAGGGACGCGCCUGUUCCUAGUUGUCCCUUCCAUCCCUCUGCCGCCUCUGGUGAGCAGCCUUCACCUUGCCAACCGUGGUGCUCACCUGGAAACUCUACCUGGGUAAUACAGGAUGUGAAACUUCGGAACACUCUAAACCAUGCGAAAUGAAUCUCAAUCUGGCAAGGAAACUUUGAAGUUCCUUUUCUCUUUUUU